AUGCUUAAUCGGCGGCACGAGGAAACAAUAGACAUCCUUUUUCUCUUCACUAUUAAAAACUUCAUCCACGUGGACAAAAAUUAUUUUGGAGAAAAAGCAAAAAAGAAAGUAGGAGGAACAAGAAAGUCAAAAGAUCGAGUUGAAGCUAAAAAGGAUAAGAAAGAAAUCAGUGUCAACCUGGAGCUGUGUCCAGCAACUGCACAAGUUUCUACCACAAUUGGUAGUCCAAUUGAUCUUAUGGAUCUUAUAAAUACAUCUAUUAAUCGUUCAACUAAUCAUUUGCAUUUCACUAAUUAUGAGAAUAAUAUUAGUAAUAAUGAAAGUAAUAUCAGCUCAUCCUCGUCAAUAAAUAAAGCAGCGGUGACAAUAAUGACGGCGAAUGGUGCAAAUUUGGUGAAUAAUGCAGAUCAAAUAAUCACAAGCAAAUUACCUUAUAGUUCAACGACGAUGACUACGUCAUCAUCAUCACCGUCACCAUCACCAGCGCUAACAAAUUUACCAAAGCAACAACAGCAAAUGGAUGCUUUAUUAAGUUCAUCGUCGCCAUCGUCAUCACCUUCUUCAUCAUCACCAGAUUUAAUUAGCAAAUCGAAUGGUAAUAUUGGCAUUAUUGGCACAUUAAAUGGUAGCGAAACGUCAUUAUCAUCACAAUCAACGGUACCAAUUGCACCAUCAACAACCGCAACAACAACUGCAGCAUUACUUGGUGCAAAUAUUAUUAACGCUACAGAAACCGUAACAAAUUUGGCUGAAAAAGCUGAAAGGCCGAGUUUAAGUUAUAAAGAUUUAAUUAUUGAAGCUAUUGAAAGCAGUCCUGAGAAACGUUUAAAACUCAAUGAAAUUUAUCAGGACAUUUGGAUGACAUUAGAAUACGGAUUAUCGAUCGGGAAGGAGCAAAGGUCAAAAGAUGAAGGGUUAAAGACCAAUCUAGACCAGCAUACAUUAGGAACUUUAAUCGCGUUGAUGUACUAUAAAAAAGAAGAGAGAAUCAUGAACCUUCAUGAACCUUUGAAUGCAGUGACCACAUCGAGUGUCGUCGCUGAGUGUCGUCCACAGAGUGUCUCCUGCGUUGAUUCGGCCAAGUUCUUCAUUGCUCAUCACAUGCAUAUCUUGCCAGGCUAA